AUGGGAAUCGACCGCUUCUCGAUGAAAACUUGCACCUUUUUUCGUGUCAAAGAGGAUGUCCAGACACUUUUUAUUGUGAAAAUCAGCACUGCUGCCCCAACACCACGGCCAUCACUGCCCAGCUGCCUUCUCUUGAGAAUAUCCUGCAAAAACACUACAACCUCCCAACCCCUUGCCAAAUGGUAUUUUGAUCUACAAACCCUUUCAUGCGAGAUGUAUCCAUUUGGAAUGUGUGAGGAUGACCCACUGGAUAAGCUGGCUCUCCGGACACGUGCCGAAUGUGAGGAGAGAUGUGACGUGGCGAAAGUCAAGGAGGCGUUGGGAGACACUUUCUUUAUUGAUAAGUUGAAGGAGAACUCGUUGACGACGACUGAAAAUUUUGAGAAGGAGGCACCGAUUGGGUUGCCGAGGGGAGUCAAUGCUUCCCAAAUAGCCAUUGAUGACGUCAUCCAGGAGUCGAAACACAUCAGAGGCCGCCCGUUUGCCAUCGAGCCGCCAACCGACCUCCUUCACGUAAUCCACGUGAAAUCCGACAGCCAUAAAUUCAUAGAAAUCGACGAGAAUCAGUUACUGACGACUACUGUAGACGAGACUACUGUAGUUCCUACAGUAACCUCAGACGUGUUGGAAAUUCUGGAGAAAGUGGUGAAUGAUGACCAUGGAGGAGAAGGGUCCGGACACAUUUCUGUCACGAUUUCAGGGGAGACGGAGAAUUCUGAGAAUUCUGAAGAAUCUAAUACUGUGGUGGACUCAUCUGAAUCCCUGGAAUCCAAAAAUUCAGAAAAAAGUUCGAAAAUCCAAGAAGAACCCUUGAAAAUUGAGAAACAACAGAGGAAGAAGAGUGUGAAAUCGAUGGAGGACAGUUUUGAGCGAUUUUAUCAGAGGAAUAAAGAAUCCGUCUCCUGCUCCGCCACCGCCUACCGUCUCCUAUGCUCCACCGGCGCCCCCACUCAAUUCGUGUACCGAUGGGAGAAAGUGGGCGGAGUCUGUCAGUCGUUUCCAUAUGGAUAUUGUUUACAUGAGAAGAACGUACCGCACCCGAGGACUCGUGCAGAGUGUGAGCAGUUUUGCGAUUAA